AUGUUUGAUGGAUGUCCCUGUACAGGUGGCGUCGGUUUGUGUUCAGAUGUUAUUCGUGAGUAUUAUGUGAUAAACACGGCUAUGAACUGGACCGAUGCCCAGAGUUACUGCAGGAAGAAGUACAACGACCUCGCUACAGUUGGCAACAGUGAAAACAUGAUGACGCUGGUGAGCACAGCGACAGCCAGUGGUGCGAGUAGAGAGAUGUGGAUUGGUCUGAGAGAAACCGGAUCAGCAUCCUGGCUCUGGUCUGUGGGAGAAUCUGAGAACAGCUCUGGAGUAGUUGAAUACACUAACUGGGCAAAAACUGGAUCCGCUUCCAUUUCUUCCACCUGUGGUGCCAUGAGAUCUGAUGGCAAAUGGCUCAGUUCAUCGUGUACCACAACACGUCCUUUUGUAUGCCAGUCAGGUCAGUGCUUUCAGCAUGGGCCCAGUGAGUUGCAAGUUGUUUCUAAACCAGAGACUUGGAGGGCAGCCCUACAUUACUGUCGAGAGAAUAAUAAAGAAUUGGCCAGUGCGAGGAGCAAAGCUGAAAAUCUGGCAAUACAGAAAAUAUUCGAUGAUGAUGAUGAUGAUGAUGAUGAUGAUGAUGAUGAUGACUAUGACUAUGACUAUGACUAUGACUAUGACGAUGAAAAGAUAGAAUCUGUCUGGAUCGGUUUGUUCCAAGAUGAGUGGAAAUGGUCAGACCAAAGUGCCAGCUCUUUCAGAUACUGGCACGGCACCCAGCCAAAUAAUGAUGGAAAAUGUGUACUGUACAACCCCUCUGACAGGACAUGGUAUGACAGAGAUUGUGCACAGAAAUUUCUAUUUUGCUGCUACAAAGGUAAGUAUAAAAUAUCUGUUUCGUUAGUUAUGAAGGUAAUACAUUCCUCCUGUUUGCAGAGAUGUGUCUAAAACCCAUAUUUCAUCAGCUGUCCCUACUAGAUAUGCUGUUUUAAUAUGACUGAUUUAACAAACUGAAUGUAUACAUUAUAUUUAAUAUUUUUGUUUGUUGUACCACAGAAAAGAUGAUAGUCGCAAGAAAGAUUGUGGGGGUGGAAUUGAUGUCAGAUUCAUUCCUUGACUUCAAUAAUGCUGCUGUGACUCAAGACAUUUUGAACCAAAUCCAAACCAAGAAUCAGCAGGUCAAGCUGAAGUGGAGAGUCCAGCCAGACGGGAACAUUUUCCACAUCAAAGAGACGAAGAAAAUCAUUGAGGGAUAUUGAUCAUGGCAUAAAGGGGACCUGCCACUGUAUAAAAUUAUCUGCACUGCCGAACAGGACAUUUACUCCUGAACAUCUGUGUGCACUUUCGCUGUACUCAUAAAAAUAAUCCAGCUUAAGGGGACGACGCAGUCAGUAAAAUCAUCAGACAUAAAGCUAGAAUUAGUUGGGAGUCAUAGCCUGUUAGAACCAAGAUAAAAAGCCUCACAUAUUUUAGAAGACAGCACACAUCGUUUGUGCUUAAGGGAUAUGCUUUCUGACACAUUUGGCAAAUAUUUAUCAAGUCAGUUACUUCUGCAGUUUUUACAAGCUGCACUCAGCAUGCAAGUGAUAUUUAUCUGAUAUUGUACUAUUUUUGUGAUUAGGUUCAUUUUAUUUCUUCUUUUUCAGAUUGUCUUUAAUGUGUUUUUUUUUCUGUCGGUGUGCUGCGUUCUUUUGCAGAAAAAUUGCAUUGAUAAAUCCAAGCUUGUAGGUGUUUUCUAAAAGGAGAACUCUACUGACACAUCACAGUCUGCUCAGAGGUGUUGGAGACUAUUACCGCAUAUGUGAUUUAGAUAAGUAUGAGCUGCAGAGUUCAAGUUUGGAAACAAUCAAUGAAAAAGAAAAAACAUAUUUUAUACUUGGACUAUAGAGAUACAAAGCAGUGAGCCUAUCGCCCCUCUGCAGUCUGCUGCUCAUCUCUGCUCCAGGCUAAAGGUUCAAAGCUACAAUUGCAGCUACACUGUAAAUCAUUGCAAGUUUAUUCAACAAAACAUAAGCUCUCUGCUGCCUUCAAAACGUGACUUAGCUGCACUCUGCUUGAUUAGUUCAUAGUCAUCUUUUGUGUUGUGAAAUUGUUUGAAAAAACAAAUUUAGUAAAACUACAAAAUGGCAUUGAAUGAACUAGUCACAUAGAUAAUAGGUAGAGAUUUGCCUUUGUUUUACAUUUUCUAAGGGUUUAUUCUGUAUCUAAUGUUGAAGAGUCAAAGCCUAAGCUGUUGAACCUUUCUGUUUUUACGAGUUGAUACAAAGACAAUCUGUGAGUCUGCUCCGGAUUACAGUGAAAUAUUAUGUUAUAAUAUUAUAUUAUAAACAGAAACCAUAACUUAAAGCAAGUUUACACUGUGUCUAUUUUCUCAAACUACAAAAAAAGAAAAAUCUAGUUAGUUUUAACCCUUUAACAAUGCAUAUAUGAGUUUUGCUUUUUAUAAUAUAUAUAGAGAAUAUACAGAAGAAAGUUUUAAAAAUCAAUUUCGGUCUUUCUAAACAGUGACUGUGAGUGCCAUGGAGGACUCUUUCAAGGCAAUAAAAACAAACACUCUUGGCUUGUUUUCUUUAAGAAUGUCUUUAUGGUUCCCCUAAUAUUGCAUUAAAAAGGCUCACAAAAGCAAUAUAAUGAGACAAGCUGAUCUGAUCUGGAGUGACAACAAAAGAAGGCAGCAGCCAGUGGAGAAUAAAAGGAAUCCGUGUCACUGUAUCACACUUAACAUCUAUUCCACAUCUGUCCUGCAGCGCUGCUUGUGACUGUAUAAUUGCACAUGUUCAUAAAUAUAAGUUGCAUUGUUAUAGUGUUUGUUUUUUACACAGUGGUAAGA